AUGCGUAGUUUCUACGACAUUCUACAGGUUAGCGCAAGCGCUAGUGCCGAGGAAGUGAAGCGUGCGUAUUUUUCCUAUCUUCGAAGGAUUCAUCCUGACAAAGCAGCAAAUCCGGAGGACGGAGAAGCUAUCACGUUUGCGACUUAUAUUUGGAGUAUUCUUAAGGCAAAGCAUUUUAUAUGUGACACCAGUGGACUGCAUCAAAUUGGUCUCUUUAAGAAUCCGGAGAAACGUCGAGAGUACGAUUUUUGGCUUCGAGAGCAACAAUACUGCGAAAGCAAAGGAACUAUUAUUGAGAGGCUUGAAGACAACUAUAUGGAGACGGCUGAUAGAUCUAUGCACAAUGGUUCAAUUUUGUGGAGGAAUUACGGUGUGAUAUUUGUAUAUGAAACUUGUAAUGUGAUAAACUACGUCUACAUCGAUUGCGUUUGGAAACUGUGUUAUUAUUCCAGUCCAAGUGCUGAUUGCCCGAGUACGAUAGGGGCUUCAAUCGCGAUGGUAUGGCAUGAAUACAAAGCAGGUACAUCAGAACAACGUUCGGAAUUAAUGGAAUUGUGGGAUAUUGGUGGGUCAGGUGCCCAUCGUGCCGCUUCUGUGGUUUUUCUGGAUGGCGCUGCUGGUGCAAUCUUAGUGCAUGACUUGAGUAAUAAGAAAAGUGAAGAAAACCUUUCACAGUGGCUUUCUUUAAUAGAUGGCAAACCUCGUCCAACUUCGUCAUCAAUUUCGCGUUCUCUGACGGCGGAUAUUGAAUCUUGUCAUAUUCCAAUAUUAACCGUCGGUUGCAAAUUAGAUUUGGCACCUCAUAGAGGUCCCUCGGCAUACAAUAAAAUGAAUAUAAAUUGUCUUCGUUCUAUUCCACCUGGUUCGACUGCAAGUAUGGCUCUAGCUAGGUUUGGUGUUUUUCAGUGCUUUUAUAACCCAGAAAGCUAUUCCAAGGAAAAAGAGCGAAUAACUUUAUAUUUACUUAUUGAAUUGGAAAGAAAUCAUGCAAGUUUUUUGGAACUAUUUCUGAAGAAAGUAUGA